AAAAGUAUCGCCAAAAUUUAGAUGAUUUAGUAUCAUCAACCGAUCUUGGUGAUAAAAUUAUUCAAAGAAUCAACGAAAUAAGCCAGAUGUCAAAUAUAGAAGAUGCGACGUGUUUUAUAAAAUCCUGGUAUCAGGAAGACGAUUUAUUUUCUGAAGAUCUUGAAGCGUCUAUGUUAAACUUUAUUAGAAAUUUGGAUGAAAAAAU